AUGAAGUCCAAGGCAACUACUUCGGUUGUUUCUGGUGACGAUGAUGACCUCGAGUCAAUCGGUUCAAAUUUUGAUGAGAUGGGCACCUCGACUACAGCAAUUCGGGAAGACCCAUUUCCUGUGAAGAGAGAUGAGAUCAAGGAGGUCCAAAAGAUGGCUAAGAAGGACACCAGAAGUGUCCAGCUCUGGCGUCUAGUGGCCACAGGCGCCUUACUGGUAACUGCCUUUGUUGUGACUUACUCCACUUACACUCUACUGAAGAAAGAGGAAAAGAACAAUUUUGAGACUGCCUUCCAGCAGUUCUCUCGUGCUCUUAGUGAGACUUCAGUGAAGCAAAUGCAAGAGUUGAGAGAUGGCUUGGACCAGCUAGGAAACUUCAUCUCUGUCUGGGCCCACAGUGAUAAGAACAAAGAGUUUUUUCCAUUUGUCACCCUCCCUACAUUUGAGACUAUUGCUCCUGGCAUCAUCAAGCAAGCCCACAUUGAGACUAUUGCCUAUAGUCCAUUUGUGAGAGCCGACCAGAAGGAAGCCUGGCUGGACUAUGCCAACAAGAACAAAGGCUGGGUGAUUGAGAGUCACAUGCAGCAAAUGGGAUCCCUUCAGAGACUCAAGGGAGGUGAAAAUACCUACGUCAACGACAUGACAUUGUUAACUCCAGAGGGGGUCAUUCCCGACCCAGAACCUCGAGAGUAUUAUUUCCCUGCGUGGUCAUACAGUCCUCCUCCAGUCACUCAUGGUGGCAUCAACGUGAAUGUUGAACUUGUUUUCCCACAACUGAUGGCUGCCAUGUUUGAACUGCAGAAUGAGACUCUAUUUACCGAAGUCAGAAGACAUCCUGGAAUCCCAAUCGCAUUUUCACCACAAGAGCAUGCCAGGUACCACUCUAAGCUCAAAAACUCCAAUGUGUCCAACCCUCAUUCCUUCUUUUUGCACCCAGUCUAUGCAAAGCCUGGCAAUAAGAGCUCAGGUGUUGCUGCCACAAUUUCUGGGGCCAUGGCUUGGGAUGCUCCUCUCUUGAACUUGCUACCUACAGGAGUGGAAGGAAUCCAUGUAGUCAUCAAGAAUACAUGCAACCAAACUUACACGUACAACAUUGUGGGAGGUGAUGCUUUCUACCUUGGCCCUGGGGAUCACCAUGAGACAGAUUUUGACGAAAUGGAAGUAGAAAUUAGUCUGGAUUUGUCUACUCACCCUCAUUUCAGAGAGGUUGCCAAGAGUGGCCCAGGUGGACCCUGCCAUUACUCCAUGCAUAUCUACCCAAGCACAACCUUCCAAGAACUCUACGACACCAACACACCCGAAAUCUUUGCAGCAGUGAUUGCAGCCACAUUUGCCCUUGUGGCAGUUUCCUUCUUUAUCUACGACAUGAUGCAGCAAAGGAGGAACACCAACCUCAUCCACCAGGCUGCUCAGAGUAACAGUAUCGUGACCUCCUUGUUCCCCGAUCAUAUGAGAGACCGCUUGAUGAAUCAAGCCAAACAAAAGCAGUCAGUUGAACAGAAAAUCAAGUCGAAGGCAGCUGUGUUUCUGAAUGAUGGCACGGAUCUUACAGCCAAGAGCAUUGAUAUUAAUGAUGCGCCCCUGGCUGAUUUGUAUCUUGAAACAACGGUUUUGUAUGCGGACAUAUCAGGCUUUACUGCUUGGAGUUCUGUUAGAGAACCAUCACAAGUAUUCAUUCUCCUGGAAACUCUUUAUGGUUCAUUUGAUCUCAUUGCUCAACGUCGGCGUGUCUUCAAAGUGGAAACAGUGGGUGAUUGCUAUGUUGCUGUUUGUGGCCUACCAGACCCCAGAAAAGACCAUGCCCUGGCAAUGGCCAAGUUUGGGCAAGACAUCCUUCAAAGGAUGAAUGUGCUGACCAAGGAACUGGAGGUGCUCUUGGGACCAGACACAGGCGACCUCAAGCUCAGGAUUGGCAUUCACUCUGGCCCUGUGACAGCUGGUGUCCUUCGUGGGGAACGAGCUCGGUUCCAGCUUUUUGGCGAUACUGUCAACACCUGUGGUAGAAUUGAGAGUUCAGGUAUUCCUUCCAGGAUUCAUUGCUCGAAAGAAACAGCAGAACUCAUUAAGAUAGCGGGAAAAGAGCACUGGCUUGAAAAGAGGCUGGAGCCUAUUGAACUGAAAGGAAAAGGUUGCCUUGAAACCUACUGGAUUGCCGGGCGUAAUGACCGUGCCGGCAGUGACCAUUCGAAUGUGCUGAGUAAUGAGAAGUUUGUUCCUAUGGUACAGGGCCCUGUAUCUUAUGACAAGAGCAUCCAUGGAUUGGACGAGAAGACCAGUCGACUUAUAGACUGGAAUGUUGAGUCGCUACUUCGAAUCUUGAGGCAAAUCGUUGCGAGUCGCACAUCACAGCCGACACUAACAAAGAGCUCGGCUCGGCAGCAUCAUCUGGAAGAGGUGCCUCUGGAAGCUGUAAAAGAAAUCAUCCACCUUCCAGCCUUUGACAGCAAAAGGUGCAGGGAAAAGCAAGUAGAAACCAAGGCAGUGGAAAUCCCUGAUGAAAUUGUCAUGCAACUGCACCACCUUGUGAGUGUCAUCUCUACACUCUAUAAUGACAAUCCAUUCCAUAACUUUGAGCAUGCAAGUCAUGUGGUAAUGAGUGUCGCAAAGCUAAUGUCAAGAAUCAUUGCUCCAAACCAGUUUGGCCCCCGGGAGUCAGCUGCUGAGCUUCAUGACCACACCUAUGGCAUCACCUCAGAUCCCCUUACCCAAUUCGCCUGUGCAUUUUCAGCCUUGAUCCAUGAUGUUGAUCAUGUGGGAGUGUCCAAUGCCCAGCUUGUCAAGGAAGGAGUCUCCAUUGCUGCCAAAUACAAGGAGAGGAGUGUUGCAGAACAAAACUCAUUGGAAAUUGCUUGGAAGCUCUUGAUGGGUGAUGAGUAUGCUGAGCUUCGGUCCUUCCUCUUUGAGACCAAAGCUGAUCUGAGCCGAUUCCAAGACCUUGUUGUGAAUUCGGUCAUGGCAACGGACAUUGUGGACAAGGAUCUAAAGGCAUUAAGGAACCGCAGGUGGGACAAGGCCUUCAAGACAGGUGAAUUUGCCAGCUCAGGUCAACUUGAAGAAAAUGCCAGGGAUUCUGUCAACAGGAAAGCCACCAUCAUUAUUGAACACAUCAUCCAAGCCUCGGAUAUAUCGCACACAAUGCAGCACUGGCAUGUCUACAAGAAAUGGAAUCAGAAGCUGUUUGAGGAGCUUUAUGUAGCCUACUUGAAUGGAAGGAUGGAGAAGAAUCCCGCGGACUUUUGGUACAAUGGCGAAUUUGGCUUCUUUGAUUUCUACAUCAUCCCCUUGACACAGAAGUUGAAGGAUUGUGGAGUCUUUGGUGUCUCAAGUGAUGAGUUCUUGAACUAUGCCCGCACAAAUCGUGAGGAGUGGGCACUGAAGGGUGAAUCUGUGGUAGCAGAGUUCAUUGAGGAGUGCAAGUCCAAGUAUGGGGUCAAGGGAGGUCAGGUAGAGAUCGGACACUUGUUGCCACGUGGGUCUUCUGUCACUCUGCCUAUAGAAACUUUUGUAAAUGAGGACAUUGAAGUGUGA